AUGUACAACGGAAUUGGAUUACCAACACCGAGAGGAAGUGGAACUAAUGGUUAUGUUCAAAGAAAUUAUAGCGCUAUUUCUCAUCGCAAAGAAAAGAGAAAGGAUCAUAGAUCAUCGGAAAAGAAAGACUUGUCUAAAAUCAAAACAGAAAACCAAGAGUUGAGAUUACACGAAGAAAAGAAAAAAGUAGAAAUUGAAUUGUUUAAAUUAAAAUCUGAAUUAACAAAAAAAGGAGAAUUAACUCCCGAAGAAAUUGAGAACAAAAUUGCGGAAGAACGUAAAAUCAGAAUUAAUCGUGUGGAGGAAAGAUUUAAGUCGUCCAAUACAGAUCAAUCAUCCAACGAAACCUCAAAAGAAUUAGAGAAUAAUGCCUCACCUAAACAUCAGAAAAACGAACAUAUCAAAAAGGCUCUCAAACUAGAUCAACAUUUCAAAGAGCAUGGAAUUGAGAAUGACCAAGAUGCUCAACUUGUAGCUUUUGAUUCAAACGUUCGAGAGAUGCUUUUAAAACGAAAAAAACUCGAGAAAAGUGUGACUGAAAAGAAAAGGAAGCGCAAAAAAUCGGAAAAGAAGGCCAAACAGUCAUCUAGUUCCUCUUCAAGUAGUAGUGACAGCGAGUCUUCAUCAUCCUCUUCCGAAGAAGACAACUAA